UCUAAAAAUAGCUUGGCAAAAACCUCAUUACGUAACUUAAAGAUGGCAGCUUCCUAUGUUGGUGUGGGACGGUAUUGUAUGCGGCUGGUAGCUUCUAGCAAGGUUUGCAAAUGGCAAUUUCUGGCACUGCAGCCUCGCUGUAGAUUUCAUAUGUCCGGCAGGGGUUUUCAGAAGAAACUGGCAGAGGGGUUCAAGGUUGGCAGCACUGCGCUGAGCCUCGCAUUUGUGUUCGGUGGAACGCUGGGACUCUACCAGACGAUCAAGCAUAACGUUCAGCAGCAUCACGCCGAACAACAGUUCACAAAGGAUUCCAGCACUGGUCUGUCUCUGACUCUGUAUCAGUAUAAAACUUGCCCAUUCUGUAGUAAAGUCCGUGCAUUCCUUGACUUCCAUUCAUUGCCUUAUGAAAUUGUUGAGGUAAACCCAGUCUUACGGAAAGAGAUAAAAUUUUCCAGCUACCGAAAGGUUCCAAUUUUGAUUGGAGAGAAUGGCGAGAAGGUGCAAAUCAACGAUUCUUCAGUUAUCAUCAGUGCUAUAAAGACAUAUUUAGUGUCCAGGGACAAAAACUUAAAUAAGGUGAUAUCAUACUACCCAGAGAUGAAAUCAAAAGAUGUAAAGGGAAAGGAGAUCACUGAAUAUAACAACAAGUACUGGGUGAUGCUGGAGGACCAGGAUGAAAAGCAAUACUAUCCCAAUAAGGAGGCAAGGAAGGAAGAAAUGAAAUGGCGCAGGUGGGUGGAUGACUGGUUGGUUCAUCUCAUUUCGCCCAAUGUCUAUCGGACUCCUAGAGAAGCCCUAGAGUCUUUUGAUUAUAUUGUGCGGGAGGGGAAAUUUGGUGCGUUUGAAGGAUUUUUUGCCAAGUAUGUUGGAGCAGCUGCCAUGUUCUUUGUCAGCAAGAGACUCAAGUCAAGACACAAUCUUCAUGAUGAUGUGCGGCAGGACCUGUACAAAGCAGUCAAUCAAUGGAUUGCUGCUGUGGGCAACCACAGGCCAUUUAUGGGUGGAAGUGUGCCCAAUCUUGCUGACUUGGCUGUCUAUGGAGUUCUCCGGGUAAUGGAAGGUCUGGAGGCAUUCGGUGACAUGAUGGCAAACACCAAAAUCAAGACAUGGUAUCAAAGGAUGGAAGAAAAUGUCCAGAAAGGACAGGAAUUGAGCAUUAAAUAGCGUUAAAUGUUUUUAUGGUUUUGAACGGACCACAGGAUGUAUCUGGAGAAAAGGAAUUUUGUUUAAAAGUUCAAUCACAAAACACUCAUCCUUUGUUAAAAGUAAGUGUGAAUUAGAGCAAUGCUAUAUCCGUCUCUCAACUCUGGUCUGAAGCAAAUACCAGGGCAAGCCUGAAACUAAAAUAAAAUUGGCAAAUAUAGUCAUGCACUUUUUGCUCCAAACUCUG